GGGAAUGACGGGCCAAUAAACUAUAUUUUGCUUCCAAGGGGCAGGUGAAAAUGCAUACAGCUUUAACUUACCUUUGCCAAUGUUUUGAGCUUGUGGCCCCAUUCUAAUGAAUAUCUAGCAGCAUGCAUUUCCUGCCUACUCCUUAACUAAUGUAUUUUUAAGAAGCCCAACUUUUUUUUUGUAGAGGGGGAAAUUUCUACCUUUGCCACAAUUUAUAACAUAGGAAAAGAAAUUCAUUUGGACCAUCUUAGCAUUUUCCUGGCAAAUUAAUAGCACUAUAUCCUGUCAUAUAUCUCUCAGCCUUGAUGGUAAGUUAAAAAACAAAACUAUAAAGUGCAGAGAGAGAAGCAGAGAAAACAGGAAUCACAGGGCUCGUUGGCUAUUUGAUAGAUUUCCCAACCUCUAGCAUAUGGUGGUGCUAGUACUUUAUUUUUCAGCCAACCAGCCAGCCAUGAUUAUUCAUUUUACAGUUCUAUCAGCCUCAUAGUUACUGCCAGAAAGAGAAUCUCAUCAUAGCUGAAAAUACAAGCACACAUGCAGCAGAAACCACUCAAUGGGAAAGACAUUUUAAUGUCUCUUGCUCCAGCUUUUGUCUCAGAAUGAGAAGAUUGGCUGCAACUCAGAUGAUCCUGUCAAAGUGGAUUGCCAGCUGCUGAGUCUUCUUCUAGCACCCUACCAAGAUAUAGCACCCUCUCUGCCACUAACAAUGACCAUGACCCUUCACACAAAAACCUCCAGUGUCGCUUUACUGCACCAGAUACAAGGCAAUGAACUAGAGCCUCUCAGCAGACCUCAGCUGAAGAUUCCUCUGGAGCGGCCGAUUAGCGAAAUGUAUGUGGACAGCAGCAAAACUGGAGUUUUCAACUACCCAGAAGGUGCCGCUUAUGAUUUUUCCACUGCUGCUCCUGUGUACAGCUCACCCAGCCUCAGUUAUGCCCCUACGACAGAGUCAUUUGGGUCCAGCAACUUGGGAGGAUUUCAUUCUUUGAAUAAUGUUCCUCCAAGCCCUGUUGUGUUCUUACAGACGGCACCUCAGCUUUCACCUUUCAUUCAUCACCCCAGCCAGCAGGUACCUUACUACCUUGAGAAUGAACCGAACAGCUUUGCGAUGAGAGAAGCAGCCCCAACAGCCUUCUACAGGCCAGGCUCAGAUAACAGGCGUCAUGGUGGCAGAGAGCGAAUGGCCAGCGCCAACGAAAAGGGAAGCUCCAUGGAAUCCACCAAGGAGACCCGCUACUGUGCAGUGUGCAAUGACUAUGCUUCAGGUUACCAUUAUGGCGUAUGGUCCUGUGAGGGAUGCAAAGCCUUCUUCAAGAGAAGUAUUCAAGGUCACAAUGAUUACAUGUGUCCUGCUACUAACCAGUGCACUAUUGACAAGAACAGGAGGAAAAGUUGCCAGGCUUGCAGGCUCCGAAAAUGUUAUGAAGUUGGAAUGAUGAAGGGUGGAAUUCGGAAGGACCGCAGAGGAGGCCGUAUAUUGAAGCACAAACGCCAAAGAGAGGAACAAGACAACAAGAAUUCAGGGAUUGUUGCCGAGAGAAGGAGCCCCAAUCUCUGGCCAAGUCCUCUGAUGAUCAAGCAUAACAAAAAGAACAGUCCAGCCCUAUCCCUGACUGCAGAUCAGAUGGUCAGUGCCUUGCUAGAGGCUGAACCACCUGUUGUCUAUUCAGAAUAUGACCCUGGCAGGCCUUUCAAUGAAGCUUCUAUGAUGACACUGUUGACCAACCUGGCUGACAGAGAACUGGUGCAUAUGAUCAACUGGGCCAAAAGAGUUCCAGGGUUUGUGGAUUUAUCACUCCAUGAUCAGGUCCAUCUCCUGGAAUGUGCCUGGCUUGAGAUACUGAUGAUUGGCUUAGUGUGGCGGUCCAUGGAGCAUCCAGGAAAGCUAUUGUUUGCCCCUAACCUGCUGUUGGACAGGAAUCAAGGAAAAUGUGUUGAAGGUUUUUUGGAAAUAUUUGACAUGCUGCUGGCCACUUCUUCCCGCUUUCGAAUGAUGAACGUCCAGGGGGAAGAAUUUGUGUGCCUUAAAUCCAUUGUCCUACUCAAUUCUGGUAUCUACACAUUUCUUUCCAGCAGCUUAAAAUCACUGGAUGAAAAAGACCAUAUCCAUCGCGUUCUUGAUAAAAUCACGGACACCUUGAUACACCUGAUGGCCAAAUCAGGCCUCUCUAUGCAGCAGCAGCAUAGGCGACUGGCUCAGCUCCUCCUCAUCCUUUCCCACAUCAGGCAUAUGAGCAAUAAAGGAAUGGAGCACCUCUACAGCAUGAAGUGCAAGAAUGUGGUCCCUCUUUAUGAUUUGUUGCUGGAAAUGCUAGAUGCCCACCGUUUGCAUGCCCCUGCAGCAAAAAAAACACCGCCACGUGAAGAUGAUGCCAUGAACCAGUUAGCAACCACAUCCACUGCAAUGCAUUCCUUACCACCUUGCCGUGUGAACAAAAAGGAAGAUGCAAAUGAGCCAGAAACCAAAUGAGAGCCUACAUUUCAAAUAGCCUACAGCUUUCUGAUAAUCCCAUUAAAAAACUACCUACUUCAGGCUUAGCUGAACUGGUACCAUGUGUAAGCACUCCAAUACUCAACAAUCACCAGUGAUUCCCAAAACAUUGCUUGAUGAUGCUGUUAGUGGAAUGUAUAAUUUUGGACAUAAUAUGGGGAUUCAGAAACAAUUAUCUCUGUUUAAUAUAAACAUAACACAAUCAUGAGGAUUCCUGAGGUCUUUUUGCUGGUAUCAGACUGAAAAUUUGGGUGACCUUUCUCUUUGAAAUCAACUGAGCAAAGAUCCCAGCUGAGUUUGAGUAGGUGAUGUUUACAUUUGAUGUUCAUUGGCUCUUUAAUAAAUGUAAGAACCCUAUUCCCCCCAGCACACCCAAAAUGAUGGCGAACUACUCAGAUUUUGUUAGACUCCAGUCUCAUUCAUAUUUCAAGAAAAACCAACAGGAUUUAGAAUAUCACCAUUCAGGCUUUUUUUUUUCGUUAUUUCAGGGAAAUAAUCUAUACACAACUAAACAAAAACUUUAGACAGCUUGAACAGAUGACUUCGGCAACAAAUUCUUCAAUUAACUUGUUAUGAGUGACAACGAAGUGCUAGGUUGCAGUGGUACCCAUAAUGGGCUUGGUACAGCAUUACAGAGCUUAUGCUGGUAGAGAUGGAACAGGUAGUUUUAUGCAGUGCUAUUUUUCUAGAAAAAGAAGUGCCGGAACUCACCAUGAAUACCUCCCUCAUUCUUUUGG